AUGGAGCCUCUCAAUGUUCUCAUGAUUGGUACUGGAGAGUACACCACCGGUUUCGUCGGUGGCGGUGCCUCUGGCUCAGACAAGAAGGUUGGCGUUGUUGGUCUCAGUCUCUUUGAUCUGCGCCGUCGCGAAAAGGUCAACAAGCUGGGAAUGGUUGGUGUCAAUGGCAAGAAGUUCCCCGCCAUUCGCGAACAUCUCAACAAGAACAUCCAACAAGUCUACAACAACCUCGACACCUCCUUCGACUCAUUCCCAGAAAACGACAAGGUCGACCCCGACGCCUACAAGACCGCCAUUGACGCUCUCAAGCCUGGCGAUGCCAUCACAAUCUUCACCCCCGACCCUACCCAUUUCCCCAUCGCAAAGUACGCCAUUGAGCGCGGCAUCCAUGUCAUGAUCACCAAGCCCGCUGUCAAGGUCCUCGAGGAGCACCAGCAGCUGGUUGAUCUCGCUCAGAAGAAGGGUGUCUACGUUUACGUUGAGCACCACAAACGUUACGACCCUGCCUACGCUGAUGCUCGCGCAAAGGCUCAGAAGCUUGGCGACUUCAACUACUUCUACAGUUACAUGUCUCAGCCCAAAUCACAGCUCGAGACUUUCAAGGCCUGGGCUGGAAAGGAGUCUGAUAUAUCUUACUACCUUAACAGUCACCACAUCGAUAUUUGCGACUCAAUGGUCCAGGAGCGCGGAUAUGUGCCUGUGAGCGUCAACGCCUCUUCCUCCAAGGGUGUUGCUGUUGAUCUGGGCUGCGAUCCUAUCACUGAGGAUACCAUCUCACUCCUCGUCACCUGGAACAAGAACGGCGAGCCCAGCAAGCGAGCCGUUGGUGUCUACACAGCCUCGUGGACCGCUCCUCAAAAGGCUGGUGUCCACUCGAACCAAUACUUCCACUACCUCGCUGCCAACGGUGAGAUCCGUAUCGACCAGGCCAAGCGUGGCUACGACGUUGCAGAUGACUCUAUCGGUCAAUUGAUGUGGUACAACCCCUUCUACAUGAAGUACGCUCCUGAUGAGGAUGGCAACUUCGCUGGUCAGACUGGUUAUGGUUACAUCUCCAUUGAGAAGUUUGUUGAUGGUUGCAGAGCUGUCAACUCUGGCAAGCUCAAGCCUGAGGACCUCGACGCCAAGCCUCUCCCUACUCUCAAGAACACUAUUGCCACAACGGCUAUUCUUGAGGCUGGCCGAAGAAGUAUUGAUGAGAACCGAGAGGUCAAGAUUGUUAUCGAGAACGGCAAGUGGAGGCUGGAGUAA